UUAAAUCAUUGUAAUUGAGUUGACAAAAUAGGAUGUGAAAAGAAUGAAUUGCCAUGAAAUGAGCCAAUGACCAAAACUUGUUCUAUAAAUGACCAUCUACCCUUCCCAAAUCCUCCCCUCCUCAUUUCAAGGAAGUGUGCCAAACAUUUAGAUCCUUCUCACCCUAAAAAAUAAAAAAUAAACACAAGGAAACGGAAAGGAUUUACAUUAGAGAAAGGGAUAAUUAUGGAUCAACUACAGUUUGUGGUGGAAGCCUCUGAGGCUGACUCCAUUACCCAAAAACUUGGCCUACCUUCUGUCCACCACCUCCUCCCUCUCUUGGUUCAACCCGCACAAACCCUUGCCCGCCCACCCAUCUCCAACUACCACGUCGCUGCCGUUGGCCUUGGCUCCGACGGCCGUGUAUUCCUCGGCGUUAACCUUGAAUUUCCUGGAUUACCCCUUCAUCACUCUGUUCACGCUGAGCAGUUUCUCAUCACUAACCUUGCUGUUCACCUCUGCCCCCGCCUCGUUGCAUUUGCUGUCUCCGCCGCCCCUUGUGGCCACUGCCGACAGUUCCUUCAAGAACUCCGUAAUUCUUCCGAUCUCCAAAUCCAUAUCACAUCUCAACACCAAAACAAUCCAGAUGUCAUAUUCGAACCUUUGCGUGAGAUUCUCCCUAAUCCAUUUGGUCCAUUCGAUCUCCUUGAUGACGAAACUCCUUUACUCCUCGAGCGACAUAACAACAAUUUAAUCCUGUCCUAUGAGAUUAAUCACGUUGGAGAUCUAUGCAAUGGGUUUUCAGAUGACGAUUUGAAAUCGGGAAAAAAUCUGAGUAAUGGGUUUUAUAAAUUGACAGAAACAGAGAGUACCCUUUUAAGGAUUGCAGCUUUAGGAGGUGCUAAUAAUUCACACGCACCUUACAGUGAGUGUCCAUCAGGGGUAGCAAUUAUGGAUUGUGAUGGGAAGAUCUAUAAAGGUUCUUAUGUGGAAUCUGCUGCUUAUAAUCCAAGUUUAGGACCAAUGCAGGCGGCGUUGGUGGCUUUUGUGGCUGAAGGAGGUGGUGGGUAUGAGCGAAUAGUGGCGGCGGCUUUGGUGGAAAAGGAAGGGGCAAAGGUAAGGCAAGAGGACACUGCUAGGAUCUUUCUGAAAUUGGUUUCUCCUAAAUGUGACUUGAAGGUUUUCCACUGCUGUGUUGCUGCUGAAAAUGGUUGUAAAAAGGAUUGAAGAUUUUAACCAAUAUUUGUUCAUUCUGCAAUUGCAAGUUGGCUUGUAAAAAAUUAUCCACUUUGAUGAAAUGAAUAAAACAUAUUAAUCCACCAUUCUGUUAGCAA